AUGUCGGAAAAGUUGGGGCUGGUCGAUCUAUGGUCAGUACACGCUGCUUCCUACAGGGGGGCGGGUGUGACUCGACUCAACCCGGAACUUUAAAUAAUCAAUUACUUUUUGAAAUUUGUUAAAGACAUUUCUCCGCCUAGGGGAGCCUUCUCCAAGAUUGCGCAAAUUCAAAAUAGAAAUCUCGCGGAUUAUUGUCGUCCUUUCUAGAGAGGGAUUGCAAAUGCUUUCAUUCUCGAACUCUGGGCUUUCGCGAGGACACUAACUUCUAUUUUCAAAAAGGAGGACACUUAUAAACACACUUCAAGAUGCCGCAACAGAAGGAUAUCGUGAAAAUUGCCAUCCAGAUGCCAGGGGCAUACCCUCAGCUCAUUCAACUGGACCAGAAAAAGCCCCUUUCUGCUGUAAUUAAGGAGGUUUGUGACGGGUGGAAUCUUCCGGGCCCUGAUAACUACGCCCUCCAGUAUGCCGACGGUGUUCAGACCUACAUCACUGAAUCUAACCGUCUGGACAUAAAGAAUGGCUGCAUUCUCCGUCUGACCAAGGCACCGGGCCGUUGUGCCGAGGACCUCUACAAGGGCAUCCAGAGCUCCGACUCAGACGUGCGCUGUGAUUCGCUGAAGCAGCUGGCCUGCGUGUCUACUGAUGUCACGUUUGCUCAGGAGUUUAUCAGCCGUAAUGGCCACUCUCUGCUGGUGAAGAUCGUAGAGGACGCUCACGAGGCCCCUCUGAUCAUGGCGCACACACUGACAGGCUUCAUGGAGCUGAUGGAUCAUGGGAUUGUAUCCUGGGAGAACGUCUCUGCUGUCUUCAUCAAGAAGAUUGCCAGCUUCGUCAAUGCCACGGUGCUGGAUGCGUCCAUCCAGCAGGUGUCCCUGGCCAUCCUGGAGAGCAUGGUGCUGAGCAGCAGCAGCCUCUUCCAGCAGGUCAAGCAGGAAGUCACUCUAGAGAGACUGCUCUCACAACUGCAGGUGACAAACCAGCAGAUUCAAACCAAAGCCAUGGCCCUCCUCAUGGCUCUGCUACAGACAGCUGGACAUGCAGACAGACAGGAGCUGUUUGUCUUCCUAGGGAAGAAAAAUCUUCGACAGUAUAUCUAUAAGAACAUCAUCCAUAGUUCUGCCUCCGUGGGGGAUGAGAUGGCCCAUUACCUGUACGUCCUCCAGUCUGUCACUUUGAACCACCUGGAGUCUCGCAUGAGGAUGCCCCUGGACUCCUACAACCAGGACCAGAGGGAGAUUCUACAUGGCCUGCGGCAGGCGGCCUUUGAGACGGAGAGUGAGAACAGCUUGAGUCAUGAGCGACGACGCUCUCUCUGCGCCAAGGAGUUCAAGAAGCUGGGCUUCUCUAACAACAGUAACCCAGGUCAGGACUUGCUCCGGGCCCCUCCAGGCCUGCUGGCCCUAGACACCAUGGCCCACUUUGCCUCCCGCUACCCCGAUGCCUACAGCAGGUUUGUUCUGGAGAACAGCAGUAGGGAGGAUAAGCACGAGUGUCCAUUCGCCCGCAGCAGCAUCCAGCUGACUCUCAUCCUGUGUGAGAUCCUAAGCAUCGGAGAGCCCCCCUCAGAAACAGGUUCAGACUACCACCCCAUCUUCUUCGCUCAGGACCAGCUGCUGGACGAGCUCUUCUGCAUCUGCAUCCAGCUGCUCAAUAAGACCUGGAAGGAGAUGAGAGCCACGCAGGAGGACUUUGACAAGGUAAUGCAGGUUGUGCGUGAACAGAUCACCAGGACUCUGUCCAGUAAGCCCACGUCUCUGGAGCUGUUUAAGAACAAGGUGAAUGCCCUGAACUACAGUGAGAUCCUCAAACUACGCCAGACGGAGCGGCUGCACCAAGAAGAGACCCUCGCCCCGCCUGUAUUAGAGCUGAAGGAGCGUCUGAGGCCAGAGCUGUUGGAGCUGAUUCGCCAGCAGAGACUGAACCGCCUGUGUCAGGGAACCCUCUUCCGCAAGAUCAGCAGCCGACGCAGACAGGAUAAGUUGUGGCACUGUCGCCUAUCGCCCAAUCACAAAGUCCUGCACUUUGGCGACGUGGAGGAGGAAUCAGAAACACCCACCAUCGAGAGUCUCCAGGAGAAGAUUCCUGUGGCAGAUAUCAAAGCACUGCUGAUGGGGAAAGACUGCCCUCACAUGAAGGAGCACAAGGGCAAACAGACCAAGGAAGUGUUGGCACUGGCGUUCAGCGUCACGUAUGACGUGGAGGAGUACAGCCUCAACUUUAUCGCCUCAUCCAGAACCGACUUCUGCCUGUGGACGGAUGGACUGAGCGUGCUCCUGGGACGGGACAUGAGCAGUGAGUGCAUGAGGAGCGAGCUGGAGACCCUGCUCUCCAUGGAGAUCAAGCUCCGCCUCCUGGAUCUGGAGAACGUGCCAAUCCCAGACAGUGCCCCGCCGGUGCCUAAACCCCCCAGCAACUUCAACUUCUGCUACGACUUCAGCCAGGCUGAGCAGUAGGCCAUGGCAGGGCAGAGGAGUAGACCUGGGGCCUGUUCAGGAGGAUGUAACGUUACAGAAUGCUCAGCUAGAAAUGUAUGAAUUAGAACAGAUCUGGUCUUGUCGUCUGUAAAAUAGGCAAUUGUGUCAGCUCUAUUCAUUAUAUUUCUAUUUGCAACGUUUGGAAUGUUUCAUGUCAUUAAAUGCACCCUAGUAACGACCAAGCCUGUAGACAUCUACACAGCAGGAGUGGACAUAGGACUGGAUCGACAAAUCUAAUGCGUAGGCAAAGGUUUCAUCUUAUAUGAGCGGAAUCGAGGCUGAAGACUAUUCCUUGGGUUCUAUAGGAGUGGUCAUCUAUUUGGGUGUGGUCAAGUGUAUUGUAACUGUACAGUGAGAGUGUGUUUUCUGUUGUUGGAUCGAUCCAGAUGGCUUAUGACCAGGCUGCAGCGGGAAGGCUUUAGGUUUACUUCAGUCCCCCGCUCCAGUCCUCCACGCUCCUCUGUGCAUUGUCUUUAGGCGGAGAGUUCAUUUUUCAUUUUUGCCAUAUCCAUGUUUGUUUUUCUACUUUUCUCUGGUGUGAUUUUCCUUAAACUGAAAGCUUUGUGAGGCAGGAUGCAUGACAUCCCUUCUGAAGGUACUCAACCCAAGGACUGAGACAGAACAGAGCCAAAUACAUAUUUGUGGGUAUAUACUGUAUAUGGCUCGGAGAGAGAAUCCCUUGGAUUUCUGACAUUGUACUUACCGACCUACUCAAACAGAAUCCCUAGCCCCCUGUUCUAAAAUGGUACUUUAAUGAGUUGAAGAAACAAGAAAACAUACUCUGGCUCCAAGCCUAUUCAAAUCCCUAUUUAUAAUAUAUUAAAUCCUCUUUUUAAGUGUGUGCAGAUAGUAUUUGAAUGAGUUCCAUUGGCUCACGAGGAGCACUUUAAAUAGAAUACCUCAGAGGUUCCCAUGGGCUGGUUUUAAUGAUGGUCAUGAUGGAUUGAUCUUUUGUACUUUUUAUGUAAGGUCGUUUAAGUUUUGAUGGCUGUUGUUCAAACGGUUCUCUUAGGCAACAGGGUUUUAUUGCGCAAAGAACUUGAUCAACGGUACAGCCAACUGACUUGCUUUUAUGGUACAUUUAACAGAUGACGUAGCGAAGGUACAGAUAACUGUUGUGUGUCACACAGUAUGUAUCGCUGCUAAUUAAUUGUUGUCCUGGUAAUGUUUUUUUGCUCCAGAGUUUGUCAAAGGCAAUUAUAGGUACAUUAUGAAUUUCAGGCCAUAACAAAUGAAUAUUAGUUCAAUAUUGAUGUUAUUGUAGGGUACUUUAUUUCCAUGACUGAAUGAUCCUGAAAUAAAUUUGACCUCAUCAAUUUGAACUAAUAUACUGUACAACAGUAAACAAGUCCAGUCAGUAUGAUGACCCUUCAACUUUUCAUAUUCCAAAUCUCAUUGGCCAAUGAAUAAUAAUAGGUUUUUGUAGCUGGCUAACAAUCAUAAAUUCAGCUGGAGUUUGAGGUGAUUUUGCUAUUCAUUGCAUGUCUGUUCAUGUUAAAACACCCAAUCUCCAUGGUAACCCCUAACUUAUGCCUUACUAAGAUCAGGGUUGACAUGAAUAAAUAUGAUUUAUACAAA